AUGAAGGUGAAAAUAUUUUCAAGUAAAAAAGAUAAAAAAUCAGAUAUACCCCAAUCAGCAUCACAGCAUAAUGCACUAAAUUUAAUUCAACAACAGCAACAACAACAACUAAUGCCGGGUAUAGGGCAUCAGCAAAUACAACAACAAAUACAAAUUAAAGCACAUGAUUUUUGUGGAACUGUAAUGAUAUUGGGUAAUACAGAGAGCGGAAAAACAACAUUACAGAGACAAUUGGAUAUAUUAUAUGGUACAGAAGCAUUGGAUCCAAAAUACUAUCAAAGAUUAAUUUACGCAAAUACAUUAGCAACCUUAAUUCGUUUUAUAGAAAACAGUGAGCUUUUAAAUGUUUUAUUAUUACCAGACAAUGUAGAAAGAGUUAAAAGAGUAUUAAGCCAACCCUCUGAGUUGGCAAGAAAUAAACUACCAAGAUUUCCCUUAAAACUUGGUUGGGAUUGUAAAUGUUUAUGGGAAGAUAAAGGUAUUCAAGCCGUGUACGCUCAUUCAAAACACUGCUCCGAAUUUAGAACACCAGGUAGACCAAAAUAUUAUAUGGAUAGAAUGUUUAAAGUAUUUGACCCACAUUAUACACCAACAGAAAUGGAUAUUAUAAGUGCAUAUGACCAAAACGAUUCAAUUCAAUCAUCAACUAUACUAUAUAAAAGAUUUAAAGUAGAUUUAUUUGGUUCAUCAGGUAAAGAGUCAACACCAAAAAAUUGGGGAGGUCUAUACCAAAGUUAUAAACCAAACUAUAUAUUCUAUGUUGUAGCAUUAAAAGAUUAUUUUUCAGAUCAAUUUCAAACACCAGAUUCAUCAAUUGCAGAAAUCUGCCGUACCCAUGUUCAUAAAAAUUUAUUAUUAGAAUCAUUAAAUUCAUUUGAAAGUUUAGUUAGAUCAGAGUUAUUUGAAAAAUCACUUGCGGUCAAUUUAAUUUUUAAUACAAGUGAUAUAUUUUAUGAAAAUAUAAAGCAGUUUGAUCUAAGAUCAUGCUUUCCAGAUUAUGAUGGUACAAAUGACCCAGAACAAGCAAUUUCUUUUAUUUCAGAUAAAUUUAGUAAAUUUUUAACAGAUAAAGAAAAACCUUUUAAAAUUCAUGUUGUAAAUUUAUUGGAUAAAGCAAAUGUAAGAGAUGAAUUUGAAAUGAUUUUAGAACAAUUAAGAUUAGAUGCAGAAAAGAGGGGUUUCACAACACCAUGGACAUCACAUAACUCAUCACCAGUAUCAUCAAUUGGUUCAAACAAUUCAAGUCGUUUACCAACUAAUACAUCAGUUCAAAUACCAGGUUUAUACGAUAUUGAAGUUAGUAAUAAACGUCAACAACAAAUAUUACAACAACAGCAUCUAUAUCAACAACAACAACAGCAACAGCAACAGCAACAGCAACAACAUCAUCACCCAACAAGUACUAUUGGUAGUAUGGGUAAUAACUCAAUUAGUAGCGCACUAGAUUCAAAUACAGAUAGUAGUUAUAGCAAUAGUGAGUCAGCAUGUUCAUCAAUGACCUCAUUACCAUCCAUCGCAACCACUACAACCACAACCACCACAACAUCACUAACAUCCUCAAAUAAAUCGGUUGGUAAAGAACCAAAACCAUCAAAAGAACCAAAAUCAAAAGAAUCAAACCCUCCAAAACCACUAAAAGAACCAAAAGUUAAAGAAGAAAAACCUCCAAACCCAUCAAAAGAACCAAAAGUUAAAGAAGAAAAACCUCCAAAAGUAAAAGAAGAAAAACUUCCAAAAGUAAAAGAAGAAAAACCUCCAAAAGAAUCAAAACAACCAAAAGUUAAAGAAGAAAAAGCUCCAAAACCAGCCAAAGAAGAAAAACCCGCCAAAGAAUCAACACCAAAGAAGAAGAAAGUUAAGGGCUCGACCAUUGCAUCAAUCCAAUCAGGCCAUGGAUCACUCCAAGGUAGAAGAAAAAAUAUGGAAGAUACACACGCAUUAUAUGAUAAUUUAUUAGCUGAAACCAAGUAUCCAGGCACAAAAGAAGAUCAAAUCUCAUACUAUGCAGUUUACGAUGGUCAUGGUGGUACCGAAACAUCAAAAGCUCUCGAACCCAUUGUACAUAAAUGUUUGGUCGAAACCCAAGCCUUUAAAGAUGACGAUUAUGAAAAAGCAUUCAAAGACGCAUAUACUGAAGCUGAUAAAUUAGUAAUACCCAAAUGUGAAAAGAGUGGUAGUACAGGUGUAUCUGCAUUAUUAGUUGGUACAACUCUUUAUACUGCAAAUGUCGGUGAUUCUGAAAUUGUAUUGGCACGUACAACCCAAAAUAGCACACCAAAGAAUCUAAUUUAUGAGCCAGUAUUACUUUCAUACAAACAUUUAGCAAGUGAUGAUCAAGAAAAGAAGAGAAUUACAGGUAUGGGUGGUAUGAUUAUUUUCAAUCGUCUUUUUGGUAGUUUGGCCGUAAGUCGUUCAUUUGGUGAUAAAGAAUAUAAAGAAGGUGAAAAGAAAUUCUGUGUUGCUGAUCCAUAUCAAACAACAACCGAAUUAACCAACCGUGACCAUUUCUUCAUUUUAGCUUGUGAUGGUCUUUGGGAUAAAAUAAAUUACGAAGAAGCCGUUGAAAUAGUUCAAAAAAAUAUAAAAUUAGGCAAAACUUCAGAAGAAAUUUCUCAAAUAUUAGCUCAAGAUUCCUAUGAUCGUGGUUCUACUGAUAAUAUCACUGUAUUAGUUGUAAUAUUAAAUUGGAAAUAA